AUGAUCGAUCUAUCACUCGCACGUAUUCAAUCUUUACUUUGCCGCCUGAAUUCUCCUCAAACUCGAUUUCCGGUCAUCCAUAUCGCUGGAACAAACGCAAAAGGGAGUACAGUCUGUCAUUUGUCUUCUUUGCUGCAAAACGUGGUUGGUCUGAGGGUGGGAACGUUUACUAGUCCGCACCUUGUCGAAGAACGUGAUGCAUGUCAGAUUGAUGGAAUCGUUAUUGAUCUUGAGAUAUGGCGAGAAGCAAAACAAAUGGUUCUUGAAGCUGAGGAACAUGGCGAAGAAUCGAAUAAAUGCACACCAUUUGAAGUCUUGACUGCUUCUACUUUUACCGCCUUGAAUCUUCUCAAGGAUGGGAGAAGGCCGGAUAUCUUGGUUGUCGAAGUGGGUAUGGGUGGCGCAUUAGACGCAACAAAUGUGUUUAAUGACGAGCAGGUAUUGGCAAGUGUGAUAACCGCGAUCGAUUUCGACCAUCAAGCAUUACUGGGAAACACUUUGACUGAAAUUGCGCGUCAAAAAGCAGGAAUAAUCAAAAGGAACGGUCUGUGCAUCAUCGCAGAUCAAAGGAGGCAAUUCCAUGAUGAUGACGAUGAGAAAGUAGAUCCGACUCGCAUUAUAUCUUUUCAAGAUCAUGAGAUUAGCGCUUUAAAAGCUGAUCAAGAAAUUGUAGAAUCGAUCAGAAAAGUGGCCUUGGAACGAAAUGCAAGAAUUGCGCAAGCAAAAAUACCUUGGCUUACUUUGGGCCAAAGUGAUCCCAAUCGAUCAGAUUCUUGGCCAGCGUACACUACUGCCGAUUUGCGAUAUUCGCCAAUAAUGUAUGCUUCUCGAAUUCGAAAAGGCGACUUUUGCGCAAAAACAGGCGAUCAUCUCGUCGCUGGGCCAUCGCUUCGACUACCCGCAACCAGAGCUUGCAUGAUGGGUGCUUUUGUGGCAUUGCAAACAUUAUGGAGUAUUGCAAGGGAUGAAACACCAUCCGGAUUUGGUGUGGAUGGCAGUGACGCGAAUGAAGAAUUACGACUUCGAAUUGCUUUUGGAGUGCGGGAUAAUUUGUUGGCAAAGAAUUUGAUCGAAGAAUGCGUUGCUUCAUGUCACUUAGCCGGUAGAGCAGAAUGGAAAUCAAUAUCACGUGACGUAUUUUGCGAUACGGAAAUGGAUGAUGAUGACGACGACGAACGAUUUGAAAUACUGACGCUGGUAGAUGGCGCUCACAACCCCGCAGCAGCGAUCGCCUUGCGUCAAUAUAUCGACGCAUGCAUCGACGCGCAUACAUUGUCCAAUUUUACGGCAGGAAAAACGAUUACGAUUUCUUGGAUUCUUGCAUUUUCCCGCGGCAAAGCAAUAGAUCAAAUGGCAACAAACCUGACAACCGAGAAAAGCACUCCAUCAGAACGCCUUUCUCUCGACGAUCAUUCCAUUCGACAAUCAAAGGUACAAGUUCAACAUCGUGUUGGGGUGAUUUCCUUUUCGACACCUGUUGAGGGAAUGCCUUGGGUGCAAUGUAUGGCGCCCGAAGAAGCCGUUGGGCAUUUCAAGAACAAAGAUGAUGUGAUUGAGGCCAUCACGUUGAAAGAUCUACCAUCUGCUCUACGAUGGGCAUCGCAAAGUGGUAAUGGAAAAGUUGAUGAUAAAGUACCAAAUAUGAUUGUUAUUGCGGGAAGCCUUUAUCUUGUUUCAGACGUGCAUCGAUUGCGUUGA